AUGGCCUCCAGCUCCGAGCUCGCCUGCAUCUACGCCGCGCUCAUCCUGCAUGACAACGAAGUCACCGUCACGGAGGACAAAAUUAAUGCACUUAUUAAAGCAGCUGGAGUAAAUGCUGAACCUUUCUGGCUGGGCCUGUUCACCAAGGCUCUAGCCAACAUUGACAUUGGAAGCCUGAUCUGUAAUGUAGGAGCUGGUGGUGCUCCAGCUGCUGCUGCUCCUUCUGGGGGUGCUGCUGCUGCUGGUGGGGCUGCCCCUGCUGAGGAGAAGAAAGAAGAAUCUGAGGAAUCUGAUGAUGACAUGGGCUUUGGUCUCUUUGACUAA